AUGGUCAUAACUCAAAGCAGACAGAAAUCUUAUGCAGACUUGGGGCGAAGACAUGUUGAAUUUGAGGUUGGUGAUCAUGUGUUUCUUCGUGUGACACCACGAAAAGGAAUAAUGGUGAGUAGGUUUGGCACGAAAGGGAAGUUGAGUCCCAGGUACGUUGGUCCUUUUGAGAUAUUGGACAGAGUUGGUAAUGUGGCUUAUAGGGUAGCCUUACCAUCAUCGUUAUCCGGGGUGCACAAUGUGUUUCAUGUGUCACAACGUCGUAAAUAUGUGUCAGAUCUGUCACAUAUGCUAAGCUACGAGACUUUGGGUUUGCAAGAAGAUUUGUCUUUCGAUGAGCAUUCGGUGAAGAUCCUUGAUCAGAAGGACAAGGUCCUAAGAAAGAAGACUAUUUCCUUAGUGAAAGUGAUGUGGAGGAACAAUGUUAUUGAGGAAGCAACCUGGGAACUCGAAUCAUAUAUGCUACAGCAGUAUCCGAAAUUGUUUUAG